UAACCAAUGAUCCAGUUCAACUGCUCCUCUCCAGACUCCCUCUACGCAGCUGUGAAUGCGUCAUGGUGCUCCACCAAAGAGGAAGAAUGUCAAAACAGAACAGUGAACCUGUCAGACCUUUGUCUGAGCCGCAGCGCUUACCUGGAGAAGUACCUCGGCCCUUGCCGUUCACCCUUCUUUCUGCCUAUGUGUGUCACCUACCUGCUCAUCUUUGUAGUCGGCGUGCUGGGCAACAGUCUGACUUGUAUUGUCAUCGCCCGUCACCGUGUAAUGCGCACAACGACAAACUACUAUCUGUUCAGCUUGGCCAUUUCUGACCUCCUCGUGCUGUUGCUUGGUCUCCCUCUGGAGCUUUACGAGCUCUGGAGCAACUAUCCUUUUCUGUUUGGCGCUGCUGGCUGCCACUUCAAAACCUGCCUGUUCGAGAUGGUCUGCUUUGCCUCUGUGCUCAACGUGACCGCCUUGAGUGCAGAGCGCUACAGAGCAGUGGUGUAUCCUCUGCACGCCAAACACGUGGCGACGCAUGAUCGUGCCAAGCGUGUUAUCCUCGCGUUAUGGGCCGUCUCUCUGUUGUGUGCCUUUCCCAAUACCUUUCUGCAUGACGUGGACACGCUAAAGCCCCUUUCUGGACUCACUUUCCCCGAUUCUCGUACGUGUACCUUGGUGUACGAUAGGUGGAUCUACAACUUGCUGGUGCAAGUGACAGCACUGCUGUUCUUCAUAUUGCCAAUGCUGACCAUCAGUGUGCUGUAUGUGCUGAUCGGCCUGCAGCUGCAUCGGGAAAGGGAAUGUUUUGAUUCUAGGAUUGGGAUCAAUCAGGAUGGGGUGAAUCAGAGGGCACGUCAUCGGCAAGUCACAAAAAUGCUCUGUGCAUUGGUGAUUGUGUUUGGAAUCUGCUGGGCCCCUUUUCACAUUGAUCGUGUCAUGUGGAGCUAUAUUGAUGACUGGACUGAAGAGAACCACCAUAUCUUUGAGUAUGUGCAUCUUCUUUCUGGUGUCUUCUUCUACUUGAGCUCAGUGGUCAAUCCCAUCCUGUAUAACCUCAUGUCUUCACGCUUCAGAGAAAUGUUCCGAGAGGUGGUGUGUCAAAAAGACCAUCGUCAGCUCUCAAUAAGUAAGGUCACAUUACGUAGUGUUGUUUCUGCCUCUUUUUCUGCCUCCAAUUCUGUCUCAUUUUCUGUCAAAUUCAACCCUCGUGGGCUGCCAAGCGCUCUCUAGAAAAUACAGGGGUAUCUGUUCAAGUUCUUUUAUCCAAAUGCUAUAUCAUGAUGUCAU